UAUUAUUCUCUUGAAAAUAAAGAUGGCAAAAAUAGGCAAUAACGUUAAACCCAAGAUUAAAUCCGCUGGAUUAAAAAUACAACUUACAAAAAAGUCUUCAACCAAUAAAAGUUGGCGCGAGGAUAUCGUUCGCAUUGUACAUGGAAAACAUCAUGAACACUAUAAUACAGAUAGAACAUUGAUUGCAUGUGAAAUGAAAUCAGAUGAUUUUGAAAAUAUUCGAAAAUUAGGUGAAGGUACAGCUGGUACUGUUUGGCAAGUCACACAUAAACCGACUAAAUUAAUCAUGGCAAAAAAGACAAUUACUGUAGAUCCAGAUCCACAGUUACAAAGACAGAUAUUAAGAGAGUUAUCAUUUUUAAAGACAUGUGAAUCUCCUCAUAUUGUAUCAUUUUAUGGUGCGUUUUUAGAUGAUGGAGAAGCCACUAUUUCAAUUUGUAUGGAAUAUUGUGAAGGUGGAAGUUUAGAGAAUAUUUAUAAAAGAGCGAACCAAAUUCAUGGUGUGAUAGGUGAGACGAUUUUAGCAAAUAUUGCAGAUUCAGUUUGUAAGGGUUUAAUUUAUCUGCACACUCAACAUGUUAUUCAUAGAGAUAUUAAACCAUCAAAUAUUUUAAUGACAAAGAAAGGACAAAUUAAAUUAUGUGAUCUAGGUGUUUCUGGUGAGCUUAUCGAUUCGAUAGCACAAACAUUUACAGGAACACAAUAUUAUAUGGCACCUGAACGUAUCAAGGGUGCAACCUACUCUGUAAGUUCCGAUAUAUGGUCUUUGGGAUUGACAAUCAUUGAAGUAGCACAAAAUAGGCCUGCACUACCACCACCGGGAUAUCCUCAUUUAAGUAUUUUUGAGCUUUUGGACUUUAUUGUACAUCAACCAAUGCCAACUGUAGGUCAAGAUCGUUCUCCUGAAUGUCAACACUUUGUUGAAACUUGUUUAAUUAAAGAGCCUGAAAAAAGACCAACUCCUGAACAAAUGUUAUUACAUGACUUUAUUAAAUUAAGAGCAAAUCCAGAUUGUGAUUUAGAAGGUUGGUUGAAAGAAUUAUGGGGUUGGUGAUAAAAAAGAAAAAAAAAGAAUUUAUUUACAUAAGCAUUCAUUCUGUACAUGUGCAUUUUUUUUUUUUUUUUUUUUUUU